CAAAAUUAAUCCAACCAAUCAAAUCCGCACAAAGUGGAUCGUCGUGCGCCGCGUGCACGAGCAGCGUGACCUCCGAUACCGACGACUUACGUUCGAUUUUCUCGUGAAUUUGGUGGAAUUUUCCGUUCCGGGGGGGUUUUUAGUUGAAGACUGUGCGGUUUAUUCAUUAUUGGCGAAAACGCUCUUUCGGGAUCGGGCUUAGGUUAAAUAAUUAUGCAGGGCCAAUCGGUCUCUGUGAACCUGAAUCUCAAUCAGCAGCCUCAGAACGGACUAAACGGUGGACUUCCCUUGGGAACUCAAGUGAUCCUCAAGAUGAACGAUUCGAUCCCGAUGAAUUCAGUCGGUUUACUAGAACUAGCACAUAGAGAAUACCAAGCUGGCGACUAUGACAGCGCAGAACGCCAUUGCAUGCAACUAUGGAGGCAAGACCAAACCAACACCGGUGUCCUACUGCUUCUCUCCAGUAUACACUUCCAGUGCCGCAGACUGGAAAAGUCGGCACAUUUCAGUACACUUGCCAUUAAACAAAAUCCUUUACUAGCAGAAGCUUACAGCAACUUAGGUAAUGUCUUUAAAGAGAGAAACCAACUCCAAGAGGCGUUGGAUAAUUAUAGACAUGCCGUAAGGUUGAAGCCAGAUUUCAUAGAUGGCUACAUCAAUUUAGCGGCUGCAUUAGUUGCUGCAGGAGAUAUGGAGCAAGCUGUACAAGCUUACAUCACUGCUUUACAGUAUAACCCAGAUCUCUAUUGCGUUCGUAGCGAUCUGGGAAACCUUCUAAAAGCGUUAGGUCGUUUAGACGAAGCUAAGGCUUGUUACCUGAAGGCAAUUGAAACGAGACCCGAUUUCGCUGUCGCUUGGAGUAACCUUGGCUGCGUGUUUAACGCUCAGAGCGAGAUCUGGCUGGCGAUUCAUCACUUUGAGAAAGCGGUGGCUUUGGAUCCUAAUUUUCUGGAUGCUUAUAUCAAUUUGGGCAAUGUACUGAAGGAAGCCAGGAUUUUCGAUAGGGCGGUAGCGGCUUAUCUUAGGGCCCUCAACCUAUCCCCGAAUAAUGCGGUGGUACACGGAAACUUGGCAUGCGUCUACUACGAGCAAGGACUCAUCGAUCUGGCCAUCGACACAUACAAGAGAGCCAUUGAAUUGCAGCCAAAUUUCCCGGAUGCCUAUUGUAAUUUGGCCAAUGCCCUUAAGGAGAAAGGACAGGUAUCAGAAGCGGAAGACUGUUACAACACGGCCCUAAGACUAUGCCCGAGCCACGCGGAUUCCCUGAACAAUUUGGCGAACAUCAAGCGGGAACAGGGCUUCAUAGAAGAGGCCACUCGCCUCUACUUAAAAGCCCUCGAAGUUUUCCCGGAGUUCGCGGCCGCACACAGUAACCUGGCCUCCGUUUUACAACAGCAAGGAAAACUAAACGAGGCACUCAUGCAUUACAAGGAGGCCAUCCGGAUUCAGCCGACCUUUGCCGACGCUUAUUCUAAUAUGGGUAACACACUAAAAGAAAUGCAAGACGUCGCUGGAGCUCUCCAAUGCUACACGCGAGCGAUUCAAAUUAACCCGGCAUUCGCAGACGCUCACAGCAACCUGGCGAGUAUCCAUAAAGAUUCCGGUAACAUACCGGAAGCCAUCCAGUCCUACCGAACGGCACUAAAAUUAAAACCGGACUUUCCCGACGCUUAUUGCAAUUUGGCCCACUGUUUGCAGAUCGUAUGCGAUUGGUCCGAUUACGAUUCUAGGAUGAAGAAGUUGGUCAGCAUCGUUGCCGAUCAGUUGGACAAGAAUCGGCUGCCUUCGGUGCAUCCGCAUCACUCCAUGUUGUACCCGUUGACACACGAGUUUAGAAAGGCUAUUGCGGCAAGACACGCCAAUUUAUGCUUAGAAAAGAUAAACGUGCUGCACAAACAGCCAUACAGAUUCGUUCCAGAACUUAAAGGGAGACUUAGGAUCGGUUAUGUAAGCAGCGAUUUCGGAAAUCAUCCCACAUCCCAUUUGAUGCAGUCGGUGCCUGGUUUACACGACAGAGUUAAGGUUGAGGUGUUCUGUUACGCCCUCAGUCAAGACGACGGCACCACCUUCCGUAGUAAAAUCUCCCGAGAAUGCGAACAUUUCAUAGACUUGUCGGGUGAGCCGUGUAACGGUAAAGCGGCCGAUCGCAUUUACUCGGAUAACAUUCACAUCCUGGUGAACAUGAACGGAUACACAAAAGGAGCAAGAAACGAAAUAUUCGCCCUCAGGCCGGCUCCCAUCCAGGUUAUGUGGCUCGGAUAUCCGGGCACGAGCGGUGCCAGUUUCAUGGACUACCUAAUCACCGACGUGGUGACCUCCCCCUUGGAACUCGCGAGUCAAUACAGUGAAAAGUUAGCUUACAUGCCGUACACCUACUUCGUCGGCGAUCACAAACAAAUGUUCCCCCAUUUAAAAGAACGUUUGAUCGUUUCCGAUAAAAGUGGACUCGGCAACGGUCUCGCCGAUAACGUGGCGAUAAUUAACGCGGCCGAUUUAUCGCCCCUGGUCGAAAACACCGAAGUCAAAGAGGUGAAGGAGAUCAUCAAGGCGGCCAAACCGGUCGAGAUCAGUCUUAAAGUGGCCGAAUUGCCCACGACGACUCCGAUAGAAACGAUGAUCGCUUCGGGACAGGUGCAAACUUCAUUGAAUGGAGUUAUGGUCCAGAACGGACUGGCUACCACGCAGACGAACAAUAAGGCGGCCACCGGCGAAGAGGUGCCUCAGAAUAUCGUGAUCACCACCAGACAACAAUACGGACUUCCUGACGAUGCGGUGGUUUAUUGCAAUUUUAAUCAGUUGUACAAGAUCGAUCCUUUGACCCUGCAUAUGUGGGUGAACAUUCUUAAAGCGGUGCCAAAUUCUGUUCUUUGGCUGUUGCGGUUCCCGGCCGUAGGCGAACCGAACUUGUUAAACACGGCGCAACAGUUGGGCCUACCGCCCGGUAAAAUUCUAUUCAGCAACGUGGCCGCCAAAGAGGAACACGUUAGACGAGGACAAUUGGCCGACGUGUGCCUUGAUACGCCUUUGUGCAACGGACACACCACAAGUAUGGACGUGUUAUGGACGGGAACGCCAGUGGUGACAUUCCCCGGUGAAACUUUGGCAUCCAGAGUGGCCGCUAGUCAACUGAAUACCCUUGGAUGUCCCGAAUUGAUCGCCAGAUCGAGACAAGAGUAUCAGGAUAUUGCCAUAAAGCUCGGAACGGACAAAGAAUAUUUGAAGGCCAUGCGACACAAAGUGUGGUCCGCCCGAUCUACCUCGCCCUUAUUCGAUUGCAAAGUAUACGCACAAGGACUGGAGCUGCUCUACUCGAAAAUGUGGGAGCGGUUCUUCAACGGUCUCAGGCCCGACCAUAUCACCGACACGACCGUGAAAAGGUGGCCGUAGGUGACCGACGACGACGACGUUUUCCUCAACUGAUUCGAUCCGAAGGAGUUUUUUGGCCCGCUCACCGUCAUCGCUCUACUUAUCCUCUUCGUGACCGUCUCCUUGACCGGUUACUAUUUUUGGUUUUAGUGGGCAAUUUUUUUUGUGCCAAAAAGCUCCUUUUGACGUUUAGAAAAAAUAAGUUGAUUUGUAUAAAGCGAGAAUAUUUUUUAUUAAUAUUUAUAGGUACUUUUAGUGACAAUGUUGCUAUUUUAAGAGGACUUUUAAGAGGACUUUAAGACCACAAGAGUUGCAAGUGAUCGAUGAUGUGAAUACUUAUUAGGUUCGUUAAGUAUAUUAAAAUGUAUUAUUUAUUUUUAAGUUUUGAGUGCGAGCGCGUGUUGUAUGCCAGGUUGUCAUUGCGAGGAUUAAUUAUUAUAUUCCAGUGAUUUCAA